AGCAUGAUGUUGGAAAUCGUUAGGGGCCUCAUGCUUGCUCCCCCCGUCGAUUCAUAGUGUCUUGCAGAAAGAACUGUGAAACUACCUGGCGUGCGAUGACCGAAUGGGAGAGGGUGAGGGCUCGACGGCUUGGUCCACCGCGUCUCCUCAACCCGGAACCCUCGUCGCAGUGCCUCUCACUGUCCUCGCACCCUGCAAGCUGACGUCGCUGGCAGACCUGUCGGUGACAAAGCAACAGCGCGUGGGCGCCAUCGGCGACAGCCAAGGCCGAUUUGGCUCAUGGCUUCACUGAAAACGGGGGAAUGUGGCAUGUUUGAGGCUGUUCGAGCUGGGACGAGUCUCGUUUCCUGGUCGCCAGCCGCCACUCUCGCUUUUCGACGCCGCGCGCGCUGCCAACCUCGUAUUCCACCCUGGUGCCCUGGCAGGACGCUCCGCGAACAAACAGUGCAGUGCUUGCACGAACAGGCAGCAGAAUUAAAAUCAAGAAAUCUGCUGUCGGGUCUUCAGUGUGCUGAGUGUAUCCGUAACUGCCGACUACUGCGCCUCUGGCCACCUGAAUUCCAAAUUCAACCUCAAAUGUCCCAGCAGCCAUAUCUAGGGGGCCUAAGUCCGAUCUUGUCGAGAUCUAGUUGGCUGGCGGCGAUUAUGGCGCCGCUGGGCAUCGUCAACCACUUGAAGGAACGAAACCCCCGCGAUCAUGUCAUCGCUAGCCGCCCCUGCUUAGAGCCAUGCAAUCGGAUUCCCUGAGUUGCCGCAGUGGUAAAAGCAUUACUAUGUUUAGAAUAAAAGAACACUGUUUGUAGUGGGGGGUCUCAACGUUCGAUUUCGAUCCCGCAACACAGCUGCGCCGUUCGCGUUCUGUUUCGGUCGACAAGAUUUCCAGCUAGAUUUCGGGUUGUUGGUCUGCUUUCAGCUGUGGCCGGGGGGUUAUUGCAUCCCCCCGAGUCCAUCUUGCGAUGCCUCUAAAAACUAGGUACCUGUGACCAGCCUGGUUUUUGCGAAAACCUCGGCUUAUUCCGAAACUCUUUGUUCGAAGCCGGUCCAGUCUUUUUGUUCAAGUGGCAUGCGUAUCCGUGUAGAGGGCAUUCUUCUUCCGUGCAGACGGCCCGCGGGUAUGAAACCCUCGCACGUGGGACCGUUGCAUUUACAAAGAUUCUAGGUAGAGAGAGUCCUGAAGUCCCCAGGUCCUAAAUCCCCAAGCACUUGGCUCAAAACACAAGAAAAGCUUUUCGGACAAAGCGCGCCACCCCGCAGGACUUGGGCCCGAGAGGUUGGUUGGCACCGCAUAAGCCAUGAGCCCAGAGCCCAAAUCGACGGAGCUGCAUGUGUGUCUGAGUUGUUUUGAGGCCGUCGCUUUCAGAGUGGGGGCUUCCGGAGCACCUCGGAUCUUCAACCUCGCACGGCUUGAUCGAACUCCCAAGACUCGCAAAUUCCAGUGGCAUGGCUUGAGAACCGAGGCAGAAGCUGACCUACCACAUUCAGCAGGUUCUCGGCCAGUAACAGGCCGAGAGAGACAUGGAACUCAGCAGGUGGCCACGCA